AUGAGCGAACAACGCCCUCUCAAAGUUCUCACCCUAGACGGCGGUGGUCUGCAAGCUUUGGCAACGCUGAGCACUCUCAACUCUGUAUGUAAAGAAAUCGCCAAACAGAACGAGGCUACGAGGAUUCCUGCUCCUCAUGAACUAUUCGACGUUAUUUGUGGCGUAGGCACAGGAGGAUGGAUCGCCUUGCUGUUGGGACGGUACCGUCUCGACAUUGCAACUUGUAUGGCCGUAUACAUGGAAAUUGCGAGGAAGGUUGACUGCGCAGAGCGAACGAGUCGAUGGCACAAGAGGAACCGUUGCUUCAAACUCGAUCAAGAUCGAUUGGUCACGGUGAUCGAAGAUACGUUGCAACGGUAUGAUCUGGAUGGGACAUUACUCUCUGCAACUUCAGUCAAUCCUACCUUGAACGAUAGUCGCAGUAGAUGCAAAUAUGCAUUUGCCGUCGGGGUAGUACAGCAGUCCAAGCCACAGGGAUCGAAGUACGAGCUGUUCAGAUCAUACCAGCUACCUGCGAACGCAAAGGACAUACUCCCAGGGCCUCAGCCGGAAAGGUGUCGCGUAUCGCAAGCAUUUGCCGCAACGGGAGCUGCAAAGUUCUUUCUGAAGCCUUACAGGCUUGCACAUACCUCUUACUUCGACGAGACGUUUCCUCAAUCACAUCCCAUCACGGCAAUCGCCCUCGACGAAGUCUUUGGUCUCUAUGGAUCCGACGCCAAGAUAUCGAUUCUGCUGAAUGUCGGCCCUGGUAUACCUCCAGAGGAAGACUGCAGAGAGCUUGAUGAGAUGUCGACCGGCCCAGUGGAGCGAUUAGCGAGAAAAUUCUCUUGGCCCAAGCGAAAGCAAGAGGGCGAAGAUGGGACUCGGGAAGAGCUUGAGGAGUCGACCUCGUCGCUUUCAAGCACUAGUGAACGCGCUUUGAGGCUCGAUCGUCAGACGCGUUUGGACGUUAAGGUCAGGUUAAAAGAACUGUAUGGAGCUGCCGGGCCCCAGAUAUACCAUCAUCUUGGACCGGAUUAUUCGCUGGAGAAAGCAUCACUGAAUGACGUCCGUGCGAUCCGGCUCUUCCGAUCGCAGUCGAGUGAAUUGCAGGCGAGCACGGAGGAGAUUGAGGGUACCGUCAAGCAGUUCUGGGUCAAUGCGAGGGCUUGA